AUGUCUACCGCCGCUAACAAUUUUGGCUCUUUCAUGAACGCUCUCGCCUUCGUCUGCAUCGCUAUUAAGAUUGGCCGGAAGGUUCUGCCGAGGACGCAACUGGAGAUGUUGGAGCAGGCUUUGAAGGAGACGAGGGCGGGUAUCAAGGAGGCGAGUGUGUUGUGUAUUAAUGUCAGGGUUUUUGAGGAUGCUCUUCGAGGACUUGAAGAAGAACAUCAGUCGCUCUACAUUCAAGCCUACACCGUCACUUGGUUGUCUGUAGCCGCCGAUCUGCGAGUAAACCUCUCGUUGAAGGUCCACGGCGUGUUGAGCCGGGUAAAACGCCUCAAACAGGACGUCAUGGCUGAGAUCCGUACAUCAGAAGUCAAUAACAUUUGGGUCGAGGCUAAGAUAGAUGGAAACUUGAACCAUUUCUCUACUCUUCUUGCAUCUCGCGACGGUCUGUCUGAGCAAGUGACUGCAAUAUUAGAGGACGGAGGCAAAUGUAUACUCUGGGAAAUUUGCUUCCGAACCUCCACGCAAUUUGCCGCCACUCGCGACCGCUGCACCAAAUGCGUAGUACUAAUUUUUACGGACACGAAGUGGUUUGUUCGCCUUCGUUUCCGGUAUGCCAUCGUCAACUCAGUGGGUCGGUCUUUGGCUAAUCGCCGAGCGACGGUGCUCAAGCAAGUCCGCAAACUUCAUCGCCUAGGACCUCUGGACGAAGCCAUGACAAACGGCACCUGUAUCACGGAGAAUGUGUCGCAGCUCGAUCUCCGGGCUGCGCGUCUCAACUUUAUUGGAUUGGUUUUAGGUGGAGUGACAUUUGGAGUGCACAUCUGUAUCUUCUUCUCCGCGGCGUAUCUCACCACCAAAACUCGUCUCACGAGGAAAGAUAAAUUGUGGAAAGGAUUACAGACUCUUAUUCUGUUCAUCCUCGGGACCGUUCAUCUGAUCACGAUCUGCUUGGAGGAGGAGUUGAUGCUGGUUAAGCAAAGCUUUGAGGAAUCGACUUUUCGGACCAUGGUGAACCUACCCCUCCCGUUAAAUACGAUUGGCCAUGUCAGCUUUCUGGCGAUUGAUAUACUCACUAACAUGAUUUUGGUAAACCGUCUAUGGAUCGUGUGGGAUCAUAGUCGCCGCGUAGUCGCGGUCCCCACGUUGCUCUUCGUGGCGUUAGUUGUGCUCAGCAUCGUAUCGACCAUAGACCUCCUACGACCCGAAUCGCCCAUCUGCUUAAACCAAGCUCUCCCUAUGUCCAUAGUCGUCGGCUGCUGCUCGAUCUCCAUCAACAUCUUCGUGACUCUCAACAUCAUGUACCGUCUCCUCUCCAUGCGCCGAUUGAUCCGCCAAGCUCUACCAAUGCGAGACGUCAAGAUGUACACCUCCCUGAGCGCGAUGAUCGUUGAGUCGGCAGCUCUGCCUACGGUCCCGUACUUGAUCUACCUCGUAUUCUAUGCGAUAGACAGUGGCUUUCGAGCGGUUGUUCUUCCGCUUGUGGUUCAAUCGAUGUGUAUAGCUCCGGAGUUGAUCAUCCUUCGAGUCGCGCUCGGACACGCGUGCCAGUCGCACAGAGCAGCUACACAAGCAGCCUCUGUUCAUCUUAUCGCAAGAGGGGGUCGAAGUGCCUUAGAUGAUAAUGGGACGACGGCAGAUAUUGAUUUUGGGUUGGGUACAGUGUAG